AUGCCGACAGCUUCUGCCUCCGCCACCACGACAUCGCUGCAAGACAUCUUCGUCCGCCAAAGGCUUCCUGAGCAGCUGGUUACAGACAAUGGACCCCAAUUCACCAGCCAGACCUUCAAGGACUUUGUAACAAAGCAUGGCAUUCAACACGUUCUUACACCGCCUUACCACCCAAAGUCAAACGGACAAGCAGAAAACUUCGUACGCACGUUCAAGUCCGCCUUGCGGAUGGGAGGAACAACCAAGGACGGAAUUCAAAAGUUCCUGACGCAGUACCGCGUCACCCCACAUGCAACGACAGGCAAAUCUCCAUCUAUGCUCCUCAUGGGAAGACAAAUCAGAACGGCUAUUGACCUCUUGCGACCCGCCUUAGACACACAUCGCCUACAUGCUGCGACCAGGCAGAAACGGAAUUACGACCGGUGUGCGCAGGACAGACUUUUUGAGGUUGACCAACCAGUUUGGGCUGCUGAUCCGAUGGACAGGCAACACUGGGUUAAGGGAUCCAUAACCGGUAAAGUGGGCACGGUCAUCUACGAGGUCCAAUUCGCUGGUGGCCGCCGACGCAGAGUUCAUGCCGACCAGUUGAAGACUCGCCUGACAGCCGAUAGCUCCGAACCGUCACAGACCCCAUCGCGCCGCAGCGCGAGGCCGUGCAGAAUAAAUCAUUCCUUCGUUUUUGAGCUCACUGGCCGGACGUGUCUCUUUUAUCUCUAG